AUGAGAGAAGUAGUUAGUUUAAAUGUCGGCCAGGCGGGUUGUCAAAUCGCAAAUUCGUGCUGGGAGUUGUAUUGCCUGGAACAUGGUAUUCAGCCCGACGGAUACCUGACUGAGGAACGGAAAGCUGCCGACCCAGACCACGGAUUCAACACAUUCUUCUCUGAAACAGGCCAGGGAAAAUAUGUCCCUCGAACCAUCUACUGUGACCUUGAACCAAAUGUCGUCGACGAAGUCCGCAGCGGGCCCUACCGUGCCCUCUUCCAUCCAGAACAGAUGAUCACUGGGAAGGAGGAUGCAUCGAACAAUUAUGCUCGUGGCCAUUAUACCGUAGGCAAGGAGAUGAUUGACCAAGUUCUUGACAAGGUUCGCCGCGUGGCAGACAACUGCGCUGGUCUCCAAGGAUUUUUGGUUUUCCACUCCUUUGGAGGCGGAACGGGGUCCGGCUUUGGUGCACUUCUUAUGGAGCGCCUGUCUGUAGACUAUGGCAAGAAAACAAAACUGGAGUUUUGCGUCUACCCUGCCCCGCAGAAUGCUACGUCGGUCGUCGAACCUUACAAUUCGAUACUCACAACGCAUACGACUUUGGAGCAUUCGGAUUGCAGUUUCAUGGUGGAUAACGAGGCAAUAUACGACAUCUGUCGCCGGAACCUAGGCAUUGAGAGACCAAGUUUUGAAAAUCUAAACCGGCUGAUAGCUCAAGUUGUUUCUUCCAUUACGGCUUCACUCCGAUUUGACGGCUCCCUCAACGUCGACCUGAAUGAGUUCCAGACCAAUUUGGUGCCCUAUCCCCGCAUACACUUCCCCCUGGUUGCCUACGCCCCAGUUGUCUCCGCGGCUAAAGCAUCCCACGAAUCCAACUCUGUUAUGGAAGUGACCAUGUCUUGCUUCGAACCCAAUAACCAGAUGGUCAAGUGCGAUCCCCGGAAUGGCAAAUACAUGGCAACCUGUCUCCUGUACCGUGGAGAUGUUGUACCCAAGGAUGUACAUGCUGCUGUGGCGACCUUGAAGACGAAGCGCACCAUUCAAUUUGUUGACUGGUGUCCCACCGGCUUUAAGAUUGGUAUCUGCUACCAGCCUCCCCAUAUGGUCCCCAAUGGAGACCUUGCCAAGGUCAACCGCGCUGUAUGCAUGUUGUCCAACACAACUGCCAUUUCUGAAGCAUGGUCCGCGCUCUCGCACAAGUUCGACCUGAUGUACUCCAAGCGCGCAUUUGUCCACUGGUACGUAGGCGAGGGUAUGGAAGAAGGCGAGUUCUCAGAGGCGCGUGAGGACCUGGCCGCAUUGGAGCGCGACUAUGAGGAGGUGGCCAGCGAUUCAAUGGAAGAGGAGAUUGAGCCAGAGUACUAA